GGUUUCGAACAGGAAUCUUCGCAUCCCGCUCUCGUCGUUAUCGUCGCCGUCGUUAGCCAGCCGAAACGAACUUUGGUUUUUCCACUGUUGUGCAAUAGAGGAACAAGAAAGCAAUAGCAAAGCACUGCACCACCACAGCAGUGAGACUCUGCAUCCAGCUGCUGGUUUCUGGCUUUCAGUUCCGUCAUUUUUCUCCACCAUCGCAAACUGUGGUGCUGUGUGUCGUCCUGGAAAAUUCAACCUUUGCGCUAAGCCACCCGUGCGUGUGUGUGUGUCCUGUGCUGUGUACAUUUCAAACACAGCCACAAAGUAGCCCGCGUAAGCCUUGUGACGUUCCGAGUGUGCAGCAACACAGAGAACUUUUGGAGAACAAUAGAGCCCAUCAGCAGAAUUGAUUUUUUUCUUUCGGCUCCCUUCAGGCUAACUGGUCGAGCGUGUGUGCGUGUGCGUUUGUCGACGAUUUUGCUGGAACAUUUUUCCUUCAGACUCACUUGCAAAGCCAACUUAGAGAACCGUUGAACCGCAACGGAGAAAACGGAAACGCAAAACAACAAAGCAACCUUGUGCGUGAUUGAGGUUUUUUUGAGGUAGAAAAUUUCGAUUACCAUUCGAAAGCAUUUUCGGUUCUAGCACCGUAGCGCGCUAGGACAUACUUUUUUUUUGUUAAUCGCAACAGCGAGAGAGUCCGCGUGAGUGUGUGUGGGUGAAAGAGCGAGAAGCGUAACAGGACAUAACAAGGCCAUUCGGGACGCUCGUUCGUGGUUGGUGUGCAAAACGGUGCACGCAGAGUCCCGCUUGUAACGUGUGUGUGUGCUUCGAGGAACAAUCGUUUCGAACUCUCCCGUGGCCCGUGAAAAGCGCGUUCGUGCGUGUGUAUCAGUCCGCGAGCAUUCGUCAUAUUCCGCGCCACUCGACGCGAAAACAUCUGAACACGGAACGAUUAUAAACAAAAACCAACAACAAACGCCAACUCGCGCACUGCACGAGGCGAAAGAGCGCGGAGAGACCACCGAACCGACAUCGAGAGCGACCAAGCGAGAGGGAACAAGCGAGCAAAACACUGCGCACUCUCGCAGUUGGCCACCACACGGAGCCCCAGUCCUGCUGUGCAGCCCGUCGCGACUACUAGAGACUACUAGAGACUAGAGCACAGGUCCUUCACACGUCAGCGGCAUCUUCGAUCGCAUUUUUCUUUCACAUCGCAUCGCAUCCUUCGGAGUUCGCGCAAAAAAACGCUCACCGCCGCCACCGUUUAAGUCGUUUAAAUGAGUGAUAUAAGUCAGAAAUGUUUCGGCAAAAAUGGUGGAUUUUCUAUAAGCUUUAAUCAGGACUACACAUCGCUUUCUGUGGUAUCCAACACCGGGUAUCGACUGUUUUCGUUGGGCUCCGUCGAUCGUGUUGAUGAAAUCUUCUGCAGCCAUGACGAGGAUACAAAGAUCGCCGAGCGGCUGUUCAGCAGCAGCCUCGUUGCGGUGGUCACGGCAAGUGAACCGAACAAGCUUAAGGUGUGCCACUUUAAGAAGGGUGCGGAGAUCUGCAACUACGGCUACCCGUCGGAGAUCCUGUCGGUGAAACUGAACCGAUCCCGGCUGGUGGUGUGCCUCGUGGACAGUAUUUACAUUCACAACAUCCGUGAUAUGAGACUGCUACAUUCCAUCAAGGGUAUGGUGGCGAACCCGCGGGGCCUCUGCACCCUGUCGUUGCUGUCGCACCUCGCCUACCCGGUGGCGGCCGAGUGCGGCGAGCUGCAGAUCUUCGAUGCGGCCAACCAGCUGCGCCGGUUGAAGCUGAAGGCGCACGAUUCGCCCCUGUCGGCGCUCAACUUCUCCUACAACGGCGUCCUGCUGGCGACGGCCUCCGAGAAGGGCACCGUGAUUCGCGUGUUUUGCGUGAAGAACGGCCAGAAGGUGCACGAGUUCCGGCGCGGCGUCAAGCGCCACGUCAGCAUCGGCUCGCUGAACUUUAGCACGUGCGCCAGCUUCGUGGUGGCCAGCUCGAACACCGAAACCGUACAUAUCUUCCGGAUCGAUGCGAAAGCGAUCGAGCAGGCGGAACGGCGCUGCAGCAUCGCGCUGGAUACGGCCGGCGCCAACAACAACAACAAUAACAAUAGUAGCUCCAGCGACGGCAGCAGCGACGACGAUGGAGCAGCGAGCACCGAUCCGGCCACCACGACCGGUGGCGUCGGUGGCUGGGGCAUGAGUUUUAUCGCGAAGGCGGUCACCAACUACUUGCCGACCAAUGUCGUCACGGAUGUGUUUACCCAGGACCGGGCGUACGCGACGAUACAGCUGGCCGAGGCCGGCCUGCGGUACGAGUGUGUGAUGGCGAAGCUGGAAAAAGAGAUUCGUCUGCUGCUGGCGUGCGAAGAUGGGUUUCUGUACAUCUACAGCUUCGAGGACUCGAAGGGUGGCGAGUGUAAGCUCAUCCGGGCGCACGACCUGCGCACACCGCUCCACGGCAUCACCGAAGUGGACAUCGGUGGGAACGAGAACGAUGAAAACACCAAUAGUAUCAACGUGAACAUGACCAAAUCCAUGCUGCCGGCCCCGGGAACGUAUGCUGGCGUGCUGAAGGGUCGCCCUGCCGACCGGAUGUCGGCAGACUCCGACUGGUGUCACGAUUUGCGCGAGGCGGUCGAGUAUCCGGUCAAGGUGACGGUUCCGAUCUACGACGAGAUUCAGUUCCCGCCGGUGAAACCGAUUGCCGUCGAAUGACUAGAUUCGUCACCCAACUCCGACUCUGGCAAGAUGGUCCCCGGCAAGCUUCGCUUCAAAUCGUCCUCGAAGGCCCGCAAGGGUUAAACCCGUAACCCGUGGGCAAGCUACCGAAGGUUGGCCGCUGGAGCUGGAGCAGCAUAGCAGAGGAUGGAUGGUGAUGGGUGCGGUUCGGGUGUGUUCGUCCUGGGCUGAAAAAUGGCCCCGGCGCCGGGCGGUUUGGUUAUCUGCGGCAGUUUUGUGUGUGGUGGUACCGUUGAUUAUGUUUUUAUUUUCUUUAAUUUAUUUGUACACCUUUCUCCUUAAGAAGUAAGCGAAACUACGCAACAAAUGUCGAGGUGCGAUCGGACGGCUCUCGAUACACAGGACAUUGUGCCCACAACCACAGGCUACAGGGUUGUUGCGUUUGCGAUUGAAUGCCUUUUCUUUUUGCUAUCGUACGCGGAUACAUGUGAUCCGCUUUUAUCUUUCGACACACCGUGCGCUGUGGAUCCGAGCGAAACCGAGAGAAAAUUCAUAUAAAAAUCGAUCGAUCAAUAUGGAGUGUAUGGAUCAAGGAUCGGAUGCUGGCUGCAACGAGUGUGUGUUAUCUAAUUUGCAUUGAAUUAAGAUCGAUUUACGUUCAAAAUUAGUGUAUACAAACAGUAGUCUACCGCAAUAUAGCUUUCGAACAUAGAUGGACGAAAAUCUGGCAUCCCGCGAAGCCACGACGUUGUUUUAGGUCAGUAAUAAGCAAUAAACGCGAAGAGUAACAGUUCAAUUUCACAGCAACGCGCGGUCUCCACCACGUGCAUUCUGAUUCUGAAGUUUUCACUUUGAAUUACGUGAUUCCAAAUUCAAACGGUGGUUUCUGGCUCGACGAUCAAAACCACGUUCGAUACGAAUCAUAAUCUCUACUAAGUGUAAGAUCGUUGCCGCGUUACGUUUUAUUGCUGCCGACUUUUUCAAUCAAUUUUACGAUCCUACCACGAGUGGCGGUUAAACAGGGGAAGAUCAUAUGGCAAAAGAAAACAGAACAAAAACGGGAAUAAAAAUACUAUGCGUGGUUGGUGUGUAUAACGAUGAUGAUGGUUCAAUAAAUGUAGAUCCCUGCUAUAGUACGACACGGUAUCCCCGGAGGAGCGGAAUCGUUUUAAAGGUCACAUUUCUGCAUUAUACCAAAAAUGAUAACAAAAAAAAUGUUGUAAAAAGUGAAAAAACCCACAAAAAAUACUCAUCGUUAAGUUAGUGUUUUAAGUUCCGGGCGCCGCUCUCAGUGACACUUGUUGUCAAAGAACCACCAAUAGCGACACAGAAAGAGAGAGGAAGAGCGAAGGAUAUAUUUUUUAUUUAUUCAACACCAGCGCAAACGCAAGUGGAGUAUAUUUUCUAGCUGUACAUACUAUACCUUAUAUACAUAAACACGUAAGAAGUGCAUUAAGUAUGUUGUAUUCGUCUGCUUGACCGCUGUUUAGUUGUAUGGGCUUUUAAAAGUUGUUUUUCCGUGUUUAGUUUUAAUUUCUGUUUUCGAAAAGUAUUGACCCCUUUACACUUCCCGUACCUAUUCUCUUUACUGGUUGCUCUCGUCCUCGAGAAACACGCGCCUAGCGACCGUUUCGCGUGGACGUAUCGGGGGCCUGAGUUUCACACGGUUUGGUAGUAUUUCGUAAUUCAAAUCAAGGCCGUUGGGGCGCUAUCGGAUCGGAUCUGCACUCUCUGCAGUGUUUCGUUUGUUUUCUCUAUUAGCCAGAUCGUCCUUAUACUAACAAACACCGUUGCACAAGUUGUUGUUUAAUCGCAAACCUGUAAAGAAACAAGAAGAGAACAAUCCGCCAUCAGUAGGCGUUCGAAUCACACGAUGGUUAGACUCUUAACGCUUAAACUAAUACGAUGAGAUGAUCGUGUAGUAACCGCGGUUGAUACGGCAACCCGAAUCGCUGCCCUCUUUGACGCGAUUGGUGUGUUCCGGAGGGCACGAGUAGUAAAACAAACAAAAAAUCAACCCGAUGGACACACGUAGAACAGUUGUGCACCAUUGCGCUCUACUAAUACACAAAACAAAAAUACAAAUACAGUUAAACAUUAAUGUAAACAGGAAGGACAAAAAAGUGCAAAGAAAUAGAUAAAAAAUGAAAAAAGUAAACAAAUAAUACAAAAAAAUAAUUAAGAAUGUAAGCUAAUUAAAACAGGAACAAAAAAAACUAAAACUGACACCGAGACACAUGCAGUUUGCAAUUUCAACUUUUCACCAACCAAGCGGGAAAACUGAUGACGAUCGAUCGGUGUUGGACAUUGGCGGGUUUCGCCACGCCACUCCAACCCAAGUGGCGCUCGAACCCGCGGUCUCGGGAGCAUCUGGGGAACCGACUAAGAGAGUCGCUGUUUCUGUUCACUUUCAAACGAAUCGUCUUCGUCCAUCGUCUUAGCAUUUGUUUUCAUCUUCGGUUUCCCCGGCAUCACCGUGACGCUCCGUGUACAACAUUCAGAAUAUGGUCCGUUCUCAAUUGGUAGCGACAAUUAAUAGUAGCAACAAAACGUAGUAGACAACGAGACGUGACGCUCGUGCAUAAAAACAGUUAAUCGAAAUGUUUCAGAAAAGGGGCGAAAGCAAAGAGUGUAAAAGUAGAGACCGACAUUCAAGGAUUUCGGGGCGCCACGAAGUACGAAGAGCGAUUCCUGGGCGCGUGACAGACAUCGGCGGCAAGAGGGAGGACAGAAAAAAGGCCACUAACUGGCAAAACUAUAUUUUUCGGAUUUAUACGCUGAUGGAUCGCGAACGAUAUGCGGACAACAAAAGCGCAAACACACUAAUCGGAAAUCCGCUGCUGUGCGCACGAUGGUGGAUAUGUAUACAACAAUAAAAGAAGGAAAAAAUACCAUAGAACAAAAACAAAAGAAAAAUCAAAUAAAAAUCGUAUAAUUGAAACAAAGUGAGCCGUUUGUUUUCGGUCUUCGGUGAAAGUUUAUUUGGUGGCACGUUUAGCUCUUAGCAGCCUUUGGCUUUCGUUCGUGUGUACGCCGUUCGUGUUUGUUGAGCUCUUUUUUGGUGUAGAAAUUUUUGUCACAACUUGUACAAACGAACUCCUUGUAGCCAAUGUGGCGGUUCUGGUGUUCCCGCAGAUCGAAUGGUCCUU